AUGGCGCAAGAUCCGGUUGUUAUUGUCACAGGUGGAGUGGCUGGUAUCGGUGCCGCAAUUGUCGACCAGCUCCUGCGAGAGAAUGCCAGACUUGUGGUGGUUGAUCUGGCUGAGGAGCCGUUGAGGCAACGACAGGCAACGCUUGGAAAGGACAAGUUCCAGUACGUGAUCGGCGAUGUGAGUAACGAUCAAGUCAAUUCGCAGGCUGUGGAACUCGCCAUCAAGACUUGGGCAAAGAUUGAUGCCGUUGCCCUCAACGCUGGGAUUAUGGCACCAAUUCAGCGAAUAUGCGACAUGGCAUCGACAGAAGUGACAAAGAUCUUCAAUGUCAAUGUUGUAGCUCAUGUAUCCAUGCUUUCGGCGGCAAUCCCGCAUUUGAGAAAAUCCAAAGGGAGAGUCAUCUUUACGUCGUCAGAUGCUGGCGAGCAGCUGCGCUGGAAGGCCUGGGGGGCCUAUGGAGCUUCGAAAGCAGCGGUCAACUUUUUUGCCCAGGCAUUGACUUUGGAGGAGCCUGAUAUCACAGCCAUCGCUGUAUAUCCUGGUAUCGUAAAUACACCCCUUGUCAACAAACUGAUCCGCGGAGAAUGUGAGUACGAUCCGAAAUUCUCUGCAGCGUCUAGAGACGCUUUGGCUGACGAAAUAGUUCCGGGAAUGACUGCCGACGAGUUGGAGGAGUACAUAGCGUAUCUACGCCCUAGACUGGUAGAGCCUCACCAGCCGGGAUCUGUGAUAGCAAAGCUUGCUGUAAAGGCGUCACCUGACUUGAGGGGCAAAAUCGCUUUCUGGGACGACGUCAUGUUUAAUAUGGAUUGA